AUGACGUCGGCGGAGAACCGUUUGAUUAAAGACGCAGAAACAAAUCAGGGAGUAGAACUUCUUGAAAAGGAAGUUGUCGGUCCUGAAAAGGACACAAAAUACUCGUGGUUCGUGUGUGCAUGCGCAUUUAUCUCCCAGAUAUUUGUGCUCGGAGUCUUGCAUGCAUUCGGUGUCUUCUUUGUCGAGUUCAUAAAAGAAUUUAAAUCAGCAAAAGGCUCCACAGCAUGGAUCGGGUCACUGGCCUACGGCCUGUCCAUGACGUUCGGUCCGGUAACCAGCUGGCAAGUAAGCCGAUUCGGAUACAGUCGCGUCAUGAUCACCGGCGGCGUCAUAUGUGCCGUCUCCCUGCUGUCUACAUCGUUCGUGACGUCACUAAACCCCAUGUUCUUCACGUUCUCCCUCCUGUACGGUAUAGGUACCUGCAUGACUACGUCACCGACGAUGACCAUUACGUCACAGUAUUUUGACAAAUAUCUCGCCGUUGCCACCGGUAUCACAGUUUCCGGAAGUAGUUUUGGAACGCUCAUUAUGGGACCGCUGUCACAAGCCAUCAUCGACAAGGCGGGUUGGCGGACGGCGUUUCGUGUGUACGCGGGGUUCUGUCUGAUCACGAGCGUGCUUAACUCCCGCAUCCGGACGCCCGCCUACAUGAAGUGUCAGCGGGCAGAGGGUCGGAGCUUCAUUAAGGACCUGCAGAUUUGGAAGAACCGUGUGUUUGUCGUCUGGACGCUCUCCAUUACCUUCGUCAUGUUCGGCUUCUACAUUCCAUACGUCCACCUGGUAUCUUACGCGAUCGAUCAGGGUGUGUCACCGGAACUCGCCUCCAUCCUCAUGAUGAUUUUGGGCGCCGCCACCGCUCUAGGUCGCAUCAUGUUCGGCCGUAUCGUCGCUGCCGGCGUCCUCAACCGCUUGCACAUGCACCAGCUGUCCAUGGUCAUCACAGGAGCUGGCGUCAUGGUUCUCCCGCUCAUUAAGUCCUACCCAGGUAUCGUUGCGUACGUGGUGACGGUGGGUCUGGUAGACGGCUGCUUCGUGGUUCUGCUCCCGAUCAUCACCGCGCAGCUCAUGGGCAUCGAGAACAGCCUACUGGCUUGGGGCUUCAUGAUCGGCACAUGCUCCCUUACAUUUACUCUCGGGCCGCCCGCCGCGGGUGCUCUCUACGACAUGACCGGAAAUUACGACCUUGCGUUCCACUGCGCGGGGAUACCCAUCCUGGUCGGUUCCGUCGUGCUCUUCUUUAUCCCCUGGGCCCAGCGGACCUCCCGGGGACCAAACAUCCUCAGCAGCCUCAUCACCGACAUCACUAUCGCACCGGGCAGCUCCGGUUCUGGGGAAGAGACGUUCCCAAGUCCCUCGGAUGGAACGCUACACGGGGACCGGGUGGUAGAGAACAUCGCUCUCCGCAGCCGCACAACCGAAACUCGUACCUUGCCCACAUCGGAACCGGUCAGCAGCUACGUUGACAAGGCAACAAGCACAGAGUCCCUGGGCACGCUGUCGCUCGACGUCCGUGACGUUCUCUCCCAGUUGAGCCACACUAGCGCCGUCUUUGAGGAAAUGAUCCGUCGCUCCGAGGACGCCAGAGAACCACCCAGUCUACCGGCGUCCGUCACAUCGUCCGAGGUCCCGAGACUUCCACCGCCGUCAGAGCCGGUGAGAUACCGCCGACAUGAUGACCGGUCAAGGGAAAGUUCCCUACACUCACAGAGGAGUGGUCGGGGGCAGGAGUCGUGGGAACACUCACAGGAGGUCGCCUCUAAAAUUACCACACUUUCUUCCCCGCCGUCCGUCCCCAGCUUCUUCAUACCUCCAGCCCCCGUGGACUCCCAAUCUAACAGUUUGAGUGCGGUUGGUGAGCCAUCAAGGUCACUGCUGUUUAACAAGGUGACAAGCACCGACUCGACCCUCACUGCACCUAUGCAGCCGACUUCCGGUCCAACCACUCGCAUUGUGAGCGCCAGCCAGUCAGCCGUAGAACCGGGGCUAACUAGAAAGAGGAGCGAUUUUGAUCAGGCCAUAUCCGAGCACGUUAACGUUCUCAGAGAAACUCUUAGGAGUCCAACGUCGUGUUCCAGUCGUCUGGAGGACACGGAUCACGAUUCGAAGGCAAGCUCCCCAAGAUCCAAGCACUCAAGCGUAUCGCCUGCAAUCGAUAUCAUCAGAUCAGACGGCUCAUGUGCUGCACACGGUCCAGAUCCGGACUCGCACUCUGACAGUUUUCAGCUCGCACAACAGAUCGCUUUUAUUGAGGCGGCGACUCGGGCUACCGGCGAGGAACCGUGCUGCUCCCAUGACGUCGAGCCGUCUUCGCUGACCGCCACUAAAUUUGACCAAGAAAAUCAGCUGACGGUCAUUCCCGUAAAGAAGGCCACCACGGAGCAGCUCGUUGGUCAACGGUUGGAGAAUCUCUUCCUGCCGAUCAGCGAAGAUGAUCCAACUGAGAAAACGUCAUCAUACGAGCUCGUGGAUGUUGGUUCAGGAAGUGACGUCAGAUCCACUCGGUCUCGAGGUGGGGAACUCGACGUUUUUAAUCACCUGUUUAAUGAUGAUGAGGCUCGUUGA